AUGGAGGGUUCGACGAGCAAAAGCACCAGAGGUCUCCUGCGCAUAAUCAUAUUGUGUACUAUAGCGGCCGCUGCUGUUUCUGCUCGUCUUUUCAGUGUUAUACGAUUUGAAAGUAUCAUCCACGAGUUCGAUCCUUGGUUCAAUUUUCGAGCAACAAAGUAUCUUGUCAAGCAUGGGUUCUACAGUUUCUGGGAUUGGUUCGACGAUCGAACAUGGCAUCCUCUUGGAAGAGUUACGGGUGGUACUCUCUACCCAGGUCUGAUGGUUACCUCCGGCGUCAUAUAUCAUAUCCUGCGAUUCCUCUCGAUACCCGUCGAUAUUCGAAACAUCUGUGUCCUCCUCGCACCUGGUUUCUCAGGCCUGACUGCACUAGCCAUGUACCUUCUCACCUCUGAGAUGUCCGCAUCACCUUCAGCAGGUCUGUUAGCAGCAGCUUUUAUGGGCAUCACUCCAGGCUAUAUCUCUCGUUCAGUGGCUGGCAGCUACGACAACGAGGCUAUUGCCAUCUUCCUUCUCGUCUUCACUUUCUAUCUCUGGAUCAAGGCUGUAAAGAUUGGUUCAGUCAUGUGGGGUGCUCUGGCCGCACUGUUCUACGGCUACAUGGUUUCAGCUUGGGGUGGUUAUGUGUUCAUCACAAACUUGAUACCGCUACAUGUCUUUGUCCUGAUUCUGAUGGGCAGAUACAGCUCGAGGCUGUAUAUCAGCUAUACAACCUGGUACGCCUUGGGAACUCUCGCCAGCAUGCAGGUUCCCUUCGUGGGUUUCUUGCCUAUCAGGAGCAGUGACCAUAUGGCCGCGCUAGGCGUAUUUGGUCUUCUCAACCUGGUCGGUUUCGUUGGCUAUUUGCGAAGUCAGCUCCCAGCCAAGCAGUUUCAAACUCUCGUUCUAGCUCUGGGCGGCACUGUUCUCGUCGUGGGAGUUUCAGGUCUGAUUGCCCUGGAAAGGUUUGGUAUUAUUGCGCCAUGGAGUGGUCGUUUCUACUCGCUGUACGAUACUGGAUACGCUAAGAUUCAUAUUCCAAUCAUCGCCUCCGUUUCCGAACACCAACCGACCGCAUGGCCAAACUUCUACUUCGACCUCAACCUCCUUAUCUGGGUAUUCCCAGCAGGUGUCUACAUGUGCUUUCUUAAACUCAAAGACGAACACGUUUUCGUUGUAAUUUACGCUGUUCUCGCUAGCUAUUUCGCCGGCGUCAUGGUUCGGUUAAUGCUUACUCUGACACCAGUUGUCUGUGUUGCAGCAGCUCUAGCUUUGUCUCAUGUGAUAAACACCUAUACACAAAUUGAGAGUCCUUCCGAGGACAGCUCCGCAACUUCGUCCACCAAUGGAUCAGCUGACAGCAAAGUAAGCAAAGUCGCACCAACUCUAAGAUCAACCAGAGACAAGCUUAUAGGCAUCUACUCCAACGUUAGCAAGGGUGUUGUUACAGCUAUGACCACAUCCUUCCUCCUGCUGUUCGUUGCCCAUUGUACUUGGGUAACCUCGAAUGCUUAUUCCUCACCAUCCGUUGUUCUGGCGUCCCGGUUGCCUGAUGGUUCCCAGCACAUCAUCGAUGAUUAUCGCGAGGCUUACUACUGGUUACGUCAAAACACACCGCAAGACGCUCGGAUCAUGUCCUGGUGGGAUUAUGGUUAUCAGAUUGGUGGCAUGGCUGAUCGACCUACACUCGUUGAUAACAACACGUGGAAUAACACCCACAUUGCCACGGUGGGCAAGGCUAUGAGCUCACGCGAAGAAGUUAGCUAUCCUAUUCUGCGCCAGCAUGACGUCGACUAUGUGCUCGUCGUCUUUGGUGGCCUGCUAGGAUAUAGUGGUGACGAUAUCAACAAGUUCUUGUGGAUGGUCAGGAUCGCAGAAGGUAUUUGGCCAGAAGAGGUUCGAGAACGAGACUUUUUCACUGCAAGAGGUGAAUAUCGUGUUGACGAUGAAGCAACACCAACCAUGAAGAACUCAUUGAUGUACAAGAUGUCUUAUUACAAUUACAAUGCUCUAUUCCCAGCAGGGCAGGCUCAAGACAGAGUCAGAGGUAGUCGUGUGCCCGCUCAAUCACCUGAGCUUAGUACGUUGGAGGAAGCAUUUACCAGUGAGAACUGGAUCAUCAGGAUAUACAAGGUGAAGCCCUUGGAUAACGUUGGGCGAGACCACCAGAGCGCAGUAGCAUUCGAGAAGGGUCACAAGAAGAAGCGCAAAGCAGGUGGCGCUAGAAAAGGAGCGAGAGUGCUCAGAGAGGAUUAG